GCGCGUUGUCAAGUGGGAACUUCCGGGUUACACGGCUAGCUCUAGCCUCCCCGACGAGCUGGCAAAACUUAGUGACAAUGACGCCGUCGCUGUAAUAUUUAUUUUUCCCACAAUGUUGAGCAUAUGGUUAUAUGUUUUUCUAGGUCAUUUUUGUGUUAUCGGAGCUGUUAAGGCAAUAAUUAGCAGAGAAGAAAACAGCGAUGCUCGCGCCGAGAUUGAUGCGCUUCAUUCCAUUCUGUCAGAUUUUGAGGUCCUUCCAGUGUCAGACCUCCAGCUGCACUCUGUGAGAAAGAGGGACGUAAACACUCCGUCCCACCUAGAGCGUUUGGUCAUCUUCAGAGCUUUGCAAAGAUAUUUCAAGCUGUACUUAACCACCAACACAGACCUUUUCACAAAGAACUUUCAAGCCGUGUUUGUUGAUAAACUUGGAAGGGAGGAGAAUUAUGAUGUUCAACGUCAGAACUAUUUCACAGGACACGUUGUCGGUGACGAGAACUCUCGUGUGCAGGCACACAUCGAUGGAGACGAGUUUUCAGCUCACAUUUUAACUGAAGAAGCAGAGUACAAUGUAGAGCCCUUAUGGAGAUUUACAGACACCUCCGCCGAUGGCAGGCUGCUGGUGUAUCGCUCUGAAGACAUCAAGAAUCUAAGCCGCAUCGCCUCUCCUAAAGUGUGUGGUUACAUGCACGCAGACACCAACGACCUGCUGCCAGAGUUCACCAGACCGGGUCGGGGCGAGCCUGAGGUGACAGACAAUACAAACGAUUUUCAUCCCCGAGAAAAGCGUCAGGUCCACGACCACAAGAAGAACACGUGCCCUCUUUUACUGGUUGCAGAUCACCGCUUCUUUAAACACAUGGGACGCGGACAAGAGAGUGUCACUCUCAACUAUCUGAUUGAGCUGAUUGAUCGAGUAGAUGACAUUUACCGAAACACAACCUGGGACGAUGAGUUUAUUGGUUAUGGUGUCCAAAUAAAUCAGAUGAUCAUUCACAAGGAGCCCACAAAACCCCCCCCUGGCCGCGCAGGUACUGGCUGGGUCCACUACAACAUGGAGAACAGUCCUGUGCGAGGGAAGGCGGUGUGGGAUGUAAAGAAGCUUCUGGAGCAAUUCAGCUCAGACAUUGCUGACAACGCCUCCACUGUGUGUCUGGCCCACCUCUUCACCUACCAGGAUUUUGACGAGGGCACCCUUGGGCUUGCAUACGUGGCUCCCUCCAAAGCUCAGGCCCUUGGCGGCCUCUGCCCAAAACCAUAUUAUCCAUCUUUGUCCGCUAAGAAGCCAACUUACCUCAACACCGGCUUGACCAGCACCAAGAAUUAUGGCAAAACCAUUUUAACAAAGGAGGCAGAUUUGGUCACCACUCAUGAGCUGGGUCAUAACUUUGGCGCAGAGCACGAUCCGGACAACAUUCCAUACUGUGCUCCCAGUGACGACCAUGGGGGCAAGUUUGUCAUGUACCCAAUCGCUGUGAGCGGAGACCAUGUCAACAACAAGCGUUUUUCCAAAUGCAGCAAGAUCUCCAUCGGAAAGACGCUGCGCUUCAAGGCCCCUGUUUGCUUCAAGGAGAGGAACAGCAAGGUGUGCGGCAACUCCCGAGUGGAAGAAGGGGAGGAGUGCGACCCGGGCUUGCUCCACCUCAAUGACGACUCUUGCUGCUCGUCCGGCUGCAAGUUUAAGUUUGGUUCAGAGUGUAGUGACAGAAACAGCCCAUGCUGCAAGAAUUGCAGGUUUGAGCAAGCAGGGACAAGAUGCCAAGAGCCCAUCAGUGCUACAUGUAAAGGCAUAUCCUCCUGCACCGGCAACAGCAGCCAGUGUCCACCCCCUGCAAAUGCCGCAGACAAUACGGUUUGCGUGGACAAUGGCCGGUGCCUCAAUGGAGAGUGCAACCCGUUCUGUGAGGCAAUGCAGAACCUCCAAUCCUGUGCCUGCAAUGAAACCGAGGAUUCCUGUAAGGUCUGCUGCCGGGGAAAAGACGGCACCUGCUCGCCCUUCGUCUUGACGAAUGGCAGUUUCCUUUUCUUGCGUAAAGGAAAACCGUGCACUGUUGGCUUCUGUGUUGAGAACGGAAAAUGCAUGAAGCAGGUGCAGGAUGUGAUUGAGCGUCUCUGGGACUUUAUUGACAAACUGGACAUUAACACAUUUGGAAAGUUCCUGGCUGAUAACAUAGUGGGGUCGGUUGUCGUUUUCUCGCUCGUCUUCUGGAUUCCUCUGAGCAUUCUGGUUCACUGUGUGGACAAGAGACUUGACCAGCAGUAUGAAGAGAACACAAUGUCCCUCUACCGCCCUCUAAAUCAGACGAUGGAGGUUUGUAGUAGAGUUCCCGCUGUAGAAUCAAGAAAUCAUCAGCAACCUCGAGUCAGCAUCAAUGCGCAUCGUCAAGCCUCCGCCUUCCUCCUCCUCCGCCGCCCGGACCGGGCCCUCCCCACAACCGCAGCAGUUGAGCCAGGCCGCAGCCUCGCCGCUCAUGGCCACCUCCCCGACUCCCGGCCCCAGCUACGUCCCCACGCCGGACAGCGGCAGUGGGCUGCGGAUGGCCACCAUCCAGGAGGACAACAGCAGCGACUCUCACCCAGGGGAGGAGGUGGGCCAGGGCGACGACUUUCCAACCGCAGGAGCCUACUCGUCGGCUACGAGAUCCUCCUACGAGGAUCUGACAGAGCAGAGCCCGUCGGCCAGGGAAAGGAGGCGCCUCAUGAGGCAGGAGUGCUUUGACGCCAAAGAGACCCAGUGCUGAGUCCAAUCUCAACAGUGUGUAACUAACAUUGACGUGUGUAUGCAUUCGUCACAAUGGACCAUCUUAGAUAGAAUGCCCUCUGCCUGUGACCAGUACCUCAAAAACACCUUCUAGUCAGUAUUUGAACUGUGUUGCAAUGCUAAACACAAGUUCCUGCACUUUCUAACAAUUACUGCUGUGAGUUAUAGUGUACGCAUGACUGGAUGAUUGAUUGUUUUAUAUAUGCUCCCCUGCCUACAAAACACUGUUGUGCCUUUCCUGGACACUUAGUUAUGCCACAAUGGGAAAAUUGAAGUGGGCAUCCUGUUGCGAAAACUGUGAGCUACUCCCCCCCGUCUUCAUAGCAAUUCAUGACUCACCACUGACGCCUGCUUUUCUAAAAGUUUAGGUCCAGUCAGAGUGAUGUGGUUAACAUAUGGAUGUGAACUGUUACCCAAUGGAAAAAGUGACAUGUUUUUGUACUCUUAUUCAUAAUCAAAUUAUGUUCCUUGCUUGCAUUGCUUACCCAAAUAUAAAACAUUUUAUUGUGCACCGUCA